GUGGCACCGGACGCAACAGCCUACGCGGGGCGCAUCAGUAAAAGCGCUAAUUUCUUGCCGGGCUUGCCAAGCUUGUGAGCUUGCCGACAAGCCGACAAGACACUGUUUGCAUAAAGGUCUAUAGGCUGGCUGCAAAAACAUUCUAGAACAUACACUGAUGGUGUUUGCGUCUCAACACUGAUUUCCGAAGUCAGAACACGGCCUGUGGACGUCUUAAAUAACUAAACUGAGGCGACUUGUUUGACUUGCAGGCGCUUGUCCGCGUAAUCUCCACGUUGCCGAAGAUCGCCUUGUCGCAAAAAUAGACUUACAUUGUCGGGCUUGGCGUCUUGGGCAUAUUAUUGCCUUGCCGGAGCUUGUGCAGGGUUGCACAAGGUUGUACAAGCCCCGACAAGAUUUUUUCAUAGUUACUGAUGGCCGGGCGAAGGGGUGCAACGUGCUUAUCAUGCCCCGAUGGACGAACUCGUCCUCGCAACUUGAUAAAGACUCUGAGAUGCUUGCGUGGGCGCGUCAGCUCGCGAGCGACGUGUCACAAGCUCAAGCCAGGCACGCCUCUGUUCUCUCUCAACCUGGAGCAGAAGGUUUCCAGAACGCCCCCGUUUAUUCAAACUACGCAACGGGCGACGAACGCUCAUCAUUGAUGUUCGGAGACAACUACCCACGACUACAACACAUCAAAGCCAAGUACGACCGGAACAACGUAUUCAACAAAUGGUUCCCCAUCACGCCCGAUGCAUCAGCAUAG